AUGUCGUUUCUAACACCCCCAAACUCAGUGGCAGGUCUGAGUAAAGGCUCCAUAAGUCAAAGCUUUGUGCUGGAUACGCCUGUAUCGCAGCUGUUCCCCCCUGACGGCUCGGAAAUGUCUCUCAAAACGAAAAACAACAUUUGCAAGUCGUUUGAAGAUGACUUGUUUUUCUGUCCGAGGGGGCUACUGUCAACGCAGGAACAGUCGACUUGCCAACAAAUGGAUCUCGUUCUACUUGAUCAGAUGCGUGAAUUCGGAGCUUCUCAACCUCAUGGGUCGAAGUAUCUCGAAAACAUGCAGCCACAGCCCAAGAAAUUCAACCCUUAUACCUCCCAGAGUUUUAGUCCUGCACCUCCACCUUUCGAGCCUCACGCGCCUCUACAACAAGACUCCAAUAAUAGCUUUUGA